AUGCUUCUCUAUAAAGAUGUCAUAACAAAGGAUGAAUUGGCCAGCGAUUCUUUUUGCUUGAAAGACGAAGGGUUUUUCUAUCGGAUUCAAACCAACUAUAUCAACAAAGCUGGUUUAAAAAUCGAUAUUGGAGCCAACCCCUCUGCUGAAGGAGCAGAUGCUGAUGAAGGCGUGUGCGAUUCAACUUCUGGUGAUAUCGUCAAUGAUUUCAUUGACAGUUUCCGUCUUCAGGAAACUAGCUUUGAUAAAAAGAGCUACCAGCACUAUAUUCGAGGAUAUUUGAAAGCUAUAAAAGCAUAUCUAUCCGAAAAAAAUGCAACUCGAGUUUCUGAAUUUGAAGAUCUUGCUAAAGUUCAUGUUCGAAACAUCAUAGAAAACAUUGACGACUUUAAAUUCUUUAAUACCGAAUCCAUGGAUCCAGAUGGCAUGAUCAUUAUUAUGGGCUAUGAAGAUGAAAGCAAGCCACCUUAUGCCCUUUUAUUCAAGGAUGGUUGUUAUACAGAAAAAAUAUAA